GUCUGCUCUGUAGAGGAGAGAGAUCAUUCAGUCUAAUCGUCGCAUCCCCGGUCUUCCCUAUCUACGGAGUAGUUAGACCGUUCACUUCCUCUCCCCAUCGGUCGCGUUGUGAGCUUGUCAUCGUCGUCGUUGUCGUUGUUCCUCCCACUCCCCCCUCCCCUCUCUCCUCUUUCCCGCCUCCACGCACCCACUUUUCGCCUUCUUUCCUCUCCAUCCGUGAUUUCGUGAAUUACUGCAUUUCACCGUGAUCAGUUCCAGAACACACCGUUGGUCUCCAAUGCGGUGCCCGUCAUGUCGCUCAAUGGGCUCGAUCAUCCCACCGUCAUCGAAGCCUACCAAACGGCUCUGACCGAGGCCGGCGGAUGGUUUCUGCUUCGGUAUGUAUCAAGGGAUGAGGUAGCUCUACUGGAGCGAGGCACAGGUGGGGUUCCGGACGUGCGCAAUGCAAUCGAAGGCUAUGAAGAGACGUCACCGCUCUAUGGCUUUCUCCAGUACCGCCGGCGAAAGGUCGUGCUCAGCUAUUUGCCCGAUGGCAUGUCUCGGCUUGUUCAAGCUCGAACGACUGUACAAUUUCAGUCUAUAUUAGACAAUUUCGCCCCGCAUGAUACGGUCUUCUCCGUGACGCAGCCAUCGGACCUCACUGAAAGUGCCUUGUCAUCCGCAUGUUUGCUACAUACGGCUUCCGGCUCGAUUACCUCCUCGUGCAGCUCCCUUCGCCGUCGCAAACUCGUGGAGAUUGCAGAAGAUUCGGAAGAACAGCCUGUAGACAAGGACACGCCACCAGCAAUACCACCGAUGAGCGAAAUGCGACAAAGAUCCUACAGUCAGGCUUCCGAAGCCACAGUGGUUCCUCCUUCCGUGGUAUCUAGUGUACAGCAGUCCCCCAUUGGUCCUGAGUCGAGUGUAACAACUCUGGAAAGUGUUCCGGGUAGGGAUCGGGCCUCUUCCGUAGCCACCUCGGAACGUGCACAUUCACAUAGAAACUUCCAGGAGGACGUGGCUCCAGCCGCUUCGGAACCUCGCAGGUCGUCUCAGUCGACUCGGCCGUCCAUAAAGGAGAUUGAGCGUGCAGCUGGAUACAUACCCAAAGCAAAGCUGGGCCCACGGCCGUCAUUGGAUGGAAGUGGACGGCCUCGCACGGCAGGCAAUCUGUCCCGCUCUGCUGACAAGAGGCCGGUAGCCUCAUUGCCAGCUGGUGUGCGGUCGUCCUCCUUGCGCAAGGCUAACCCGAGUCCUUCUCGACCUCAGUCCCAAGGGGGCAGCAGCACACCCGCAGCUAUCAGAGUGCCUAGCUUACCACCGUUGCUGGUGCCUCCAUUGUCAGCACCAAUAUCUAGACCUAAACUUUCUCCGGGCGCCAAGUCUCUGAGUGCGCUGUCAUCGGGUGCAUCGCAAGAGAGAGAACGGUUGAUGAAAGCACUUCAGUUGCGGAAAACUCAAUUGGCGAAGAAAGCAAGGGAAGAGAAGAAGAACGAAGUUUCCGAAGAAAAGGGGUCGAUCAGAUUGGAUCCGACCGAAAAUAAGGAGAAUACCAAUUGCCAGGUCCCUGAGGAACCCAAACACCAGGAUAAACCGGUACCCGUUUCGGAACCCGGCAACAACCCCCCAUCUGAAACCGAGGGAACCAUGACUCCGGGGGGACUACAAAAGGAGGGAGGAAGCCCUGCAGUCUCCAGUCUAACGAAAUCUGAGUUGGCUAUGCCGCAGGCUGAUACGGUGACCCCUAAUCUUCUUCCAGCAUCGAGUGACGGCAGCCAGAUUGCGGCGACUACUGAAUCCUGGCAGUCCGCCUCCACCCUGUCGGAAUCUGAAACACACACUUGGAAAGGGGCCUUGGCUACCGACGACGACGGGGAGACUACGGGUGGCCCCUGCACGUCUAGUGCCGUAAUCCACGGCCCACCAGAGAACGAUUCUGGAAAAGCUCCGAAGGAAGAAAUUGUUGACCCCUCGCCACCCCAAACGGACGACGACUCUCUUGUUCCUGGUGAACAAGAGGUCAAUUUGACAUCAGGUCUAAUUCAGGCCCCUCAGUCCAAAUCAAUUCCUCGGCCCGAUUCUCCCUCUUUCAUUUCACGCCCAACUCCCUCCCCCGACUCGCCGUCGAUCCCCGUGCCUCAUUCUCCCGAGCCGCAGCAUGACCUGACCCCUGAAUCCUCGAGUGUGGAGCGACAGCAUAGUACUACUCGAAAGGAGAAACGCAAACCUUACCUUGAACCCAUUCAAGUACCUACUCCAGACUACUCUGAUGACGAGAACCUUCUCUCUGACGAUUCUUUCAUGGAAGAAUUAAAAAGUGCCACCGUGGAAGAGGCCAAGCCGAUCUCGGUUGGCAUCUCACCCCUCUCCCCCGGAUACUCGAAUACAAGCAACGGCAACACCUCGCCCGACGCGUGGAGGAACUCCCGUGCCGUCUCAAAUCCAAGCGCCAUUGGACACCAACCUCCCGAAAUGCAGGCACUAGCCAUGGGUCGGUCGGUGUCGACCUCGUACGCCGAUGCGGGGGACAGCAACAGUCCCGUCCUGGUGGCCAAGAAGAUCAAUGUAUCGUCUGGCAUCUCCAAACGCAUCAAGGCAUUGGAGAAAUUCUCCAACACCCGUGAAACCACCUCUACCGCAGGCCAAACCCUGGCCGCUCCUUCGUUCGAGACUCUGCGUAAGGGCUAUUCGGAGGCCUCGACGAUAACGAGACCCGUGUCCUUCUACCCCGAAUCUUUCUCUCGCACAACCAGCCUGCGGCGUCCUGUAUCUCAGGCCGGUCCUGGUCUCACGCGUAGCGCAAGUUCGGUUUCCGUGACCACUCGCAUUGUUCGUGAACGUCCUUCCACAGGAAUCGAGGCGCCUGCCGAUCCCUCCGAGCAAGGUUCCCUCGACCUCCAGGCUAGUCCCUUGAUCGUUGAGCAUAACACAAUUCUUGAUUUUCCGAUUCCUCCAAGUCGCUCUACCGAGCCGACGAUUACACCACCGGAGGAGCCCAAUGUCCCCGCUACCUCCGAAGGAUCAGUACAACAGCCCUCCGCUACGCCAAUUUCUCGAUCCGAAAGCAAAAAGUCUCAUUCCUCAAUCUUAAAUAUUGAGGAAGCAGUCGACGAGACGCCGCUGACUGACAUUCCCUCUUCUCCUGACGAGAAGAAGACUUCCCGCACCUCUCGUCUCCUCCGCCGAAUGUCUUCUAUCACAUCCAAUUCCCGGAAGAGUGUCAUGGCUGCUCUCAGUCCAGCAGUCAAGGAGGAGACUCCUUCUCAAGAGAAGCCGGCAGUGGCCGGUGAUGCGCCCCAGGCGAUUGAUAUUGGCGAGGUCAAUGUUCAAUUCCCGGAUACUCUGCUAUGGAAGCGUCGCUUCAUCCGCAUCGAUGACCAGGGAUACUUGGUAUUGACCCCUGGAAAUCUUGACUCCAGCAAUCGCAACCUGGUUAAACGGUACCAUUUGACCGAAUUCCGGACACCUUGUCUCCCAGAUGAGGAUCGACAGGAGCUUCCCAACAGCAUUCUCUUGGACUUCAAUGACGGGAGCACUCUUCAAUGUGCCUGUGAAUCAAGAAAUGGCCAGUCUAUCGUUCUUCGAACACUGGUUGAUGCUCACCGGAACUAUGGUCAAACCCUUGCUCAAUAGUCCUCUGCGUUCAUGCUAUAGAACACUCGCAUCUUUUCUCAUCACUCAACAUGCAUACUCCUGCGCCAUCUUUCUAUAUCUUGUUACCCGGUGUUUUCAGCGGUAUACCCCUCUAAAAUGGACCAUUUUGAUAACCAGCUGUUUUUCAGUAUCUGUAUCAAUUUCUUUGAUUUCUGCACUUCCUACAUCUCCCUUGGAACCUUCUUAUGGUCACCUGGCAGUGGGACGAAGCAACAUUUCAAUGUGGGCAUAGACCCUUCGUCUUGAUUUGGGUUUCAUUCUGA